AUGGCUCGUCAAAAUUUUUUGGGACUUGUUGUCUCCCAGGGAAAGAUGCAAAAGACUGUGAAAGUACGUGUCGAAACCAAGGUGUUUAACAAGCGGAUCAAUAAGGAAUUGUUCCAUAGAAAGGACUAUUUGGUGCAUGAUGAAGGUGAGAUUUCACGCGAGGGAGAUUUGGUGCGCAUAGAGGCCACAAGGCCGCUGUCUAAAUGCAAAUUCUUUGCCAUCGCAGAGAUUAUCAAAAAUAAAGGUCAGCAGUUUGCGUUGUAUGAGUCACAGGCCAAGGUCAACGUUACUCAAGAGGAAGGUGAAAGGACUAAGGAAUUUCUGCAGAGAAGAGCAGAUCGCGUGCUGAACAGUGAUAGCGUAUUGUUGCGCGACGUUCGUACUAUCCAAGAAGCUUUAGCGAAAGGCAAAUCUCCAGAAGAAUUAAGUGAAAUAAAACAGCGGUACGGUAUCCAAGAAUUCUCCCCAGAAACAUUGAAGCAACUCUUGCAAUUGGAUGUGUCAGCGUUACAGGCCGAUGUAGAUCAGAAACGUGAAGGAAUAGACUACGUGCAGGAUAGGAUAAAGGAACUCAGUUCAGACGAUGAGAAAGGCUUCCAGUUUCUAAGAGAGCAUGGUGUCUCCGAUCCAGAAUCGUUGAAGAAAAACAUUAGAAAGAACAUAAUGAGAAAGCAUAUUUUACAAGAAUUGUAA